AAAACCGUAAGCCUUCUCAAAAAAUGUCUUCAACGUUAUUUAAGUCUAAUGUCAUACUUUUAGUACUAUGUAUCGGAAUGAUUUUGUUCCAUAAUUCGUCACAAAUGAAAGAACAAGGAGUUUUAUCAAAAAUUAAAACUAAGAUGCCUUCUUUGUCUUGUUUGAGUGGUUCAAAGAAAGUUAAAAGUAAUCGAGCCAUUAAUACUCCAACUGGAGGAGUUACAUCAAAUCCUCAUUCACACUCACAGUACAAUGACAAUGACAAUGGCCACAACGAAGGGGUAAGCGACGGCGGCUUAGGCGCCGUCGCCGCUGCCAGUUAUGCCAGCAGCUCAAACAACCACUACGGCAACGAUGGCAGUGGCUACGGUGAAGGUGGUUACGGUGGAGGGGGUUACGGUGGAGGUGGUUAUGGUGGAGGUGGUUACACUGGGGGUGGUCAUGGUGAUGGUGGUGGUGGUCAUGGUGCAAUUACAGAUUAA